UGGUCUUCUAAUAUUGAUCGACAGCUCUGGGAAAAAAAAAUCUGCCUUGGUUACCUGUAGAAAAUAGGCUUGAGUGCUUUGCUGGUCCUGUGGGGUGGCGGUGUAUGGUGAGUGGUGACCAUCCUCUAGAGGAAAGCCAAAUAACGAGCAGCUGCAUCCUUUUUAAUACGCAGACUUCCUCUUCCUGGCUUCCUCUUCCAUUUUCUGGUUAGCAAGUCUCCUGCGGAUGAGGGCGCCUUGCAGAGGAAGAUAAGGUGACAAGAUUCAGCCAGAGUUGUGGUUAGCCAGGGAGCUGUGCAGUGCAGAUGCCGACCAUCAUCGUCAAGGUAGACCUGGGAUGCCGCCGCUGCCACGCCAAGAUCAAGAAAGUGCUCGACAGGAUCAGAGAAAAGGGUGAGUUCGUCAUCGACGACAUCGAGUACGACGAGAAGAAGAGCCGGGUGAUAGUGUCGGGUCCCUUCGACGCCGACAAGCUCGCCGACAAGCUCUGUUGCAAGGCCUGCAACAUCAUCAAGGAGAUCGAGAUCGUGGAGCCGGACAAGAAAGAGGAGCUCAAGCCUCCGGGGCCGGAGGACAAGGUGAAGGAACCGCCGCCGUCGCCAACAAAAACGAAGAAGCACAAGCCGCCGCCACCUCCACCGCCGCCUCCACCGACCAAGGUCGUAGAGGUGCCAUACCCGUGUCCGUACCCCUACCCGCUCCCAGCGUGGCCGUCCGGCUGCUGCUGCCACCACGGACACGGCGGCUGCCACUGCUGCUCGUGCGCCAGGCCGGACCCUCCGCCGGCGCCAGCGCCACAGUACAUCAUGCUGCCGUCGUAUCCGUGCGGCGGCUACAUGAUGGUCUGCGAUGAGGACCCGUCCGGCCCAUGCACCAUCAUGUGAGUAUUGUGUGAAAAUUGUACAACCAUAAUAUUUUGGUCCAUGCACCACCAUGUGAGUAUAUAUGCUGUGAAAAUUGUAGAACCUUAAUAUUUUAUUUUUGUAUUACCAUAACCCUUAAGGGAUAUGUAAAGAUGUACAAGGGGAGAGAGAUUUGGAGUAUAAGAAGAUCCAUACAAACCUA